UACGUGAGAGCUCUGAGCCAUCGAGAAACGUCUGCCUGGGGCUCGUCAACAUGGACCUGUACCAAACCUUCUACCUCACGAACACCGCGAAGUGCUUCACAAAGUGCAGGCAGUCGAAGGACAAAUCCUGUGAUCUGGGAAACUUGCAGAGAUACUGGGUGGACUACGAGACCCAUCUGGUAGAGGAAAGUCUGACGGAGACAGUGGAUUUGUCUUUUUUGAAGACUUCUGUCAAGAACUUCAGCACCAACAUCUCAGAAGACGUGCAUUUCUCUCUGAUCCCCUCUCAGCUUCCCAUGCAGGUGACAGAGGACGAGCACAAGCCCGCUGACAGAGUCCGGCUGCCCAGGAGCCUGUUCACGACCCUGCAGGGCAGCAGGGCGGCGGUCCGCUUGGCCAUAUCUGUCCUGGACAUCGGGCCGGGGCAUCUCUUCAAGGGCCCCCAGCUCGGCCUGGAGGACAGUGGCAGCGUGCUGAACAAUCGCCUGGUGGGCCUGAGUUUGGGCCGUAUGCGUGUCACCGGUCUGGCCGAGCCUUUGGAGAUCACUUUCUCCCACCAGCCUCAGCCUCCCAAUAUGACCCUCACCUGUGUAUUCUGGGAUGUGGCCAAAGGAGACUGGUCUUCCGAGGGCUGCUCUACAGAGCCUGGAGCCAAGCAGACUGUGUGCCACUGUGACCACCUGACCUUCUUCGCCCUACUGUUGAGGCCGGUCUUGGACAAGGUCACCGCGCAGACCCUCACACGCAUUUCCCAGGCUGGCUGUGGAACGUCCAUGAUCUUCCUGGCCUUCACGAUUAUCCUCUACACCGCCCUGAGGUGCUGGUUCCAGGAGGAGACUGCCAUCUCCGCCCUCUAUGUCACCGUCCACGGCUACUUCCUCCUCACCUUCCUCUUCAGCGCCGUGGUCCUGGGCCUGGUGGCCUGGAAGAUCUUCACUCUGUCGAGUGCCACAGCAGGCAAGAAGGAGCGGCAGAACUGGAAGGGGGCCCUCACCUUGCUGGGCCUCUCCAGCCUGGUGGGCAUGACCUGGGGACUGGCCAUCCUCACGCCCCUGGGCCUGUCGACCGUCUACAUCUUCGCACUGUUCAACUCCCUGCAAGGUGUCUUCAUCUUCUGCUGGUUCGUCAUGCUCUACUUCCCCAUCCAGAGUGCCAUGUCCUCCUCUUCCGGUCCUGCCCAAGCGGAGCAUUCCCACACGGUGUCACAUGGAUAGGGGGCUGGCCUUGCGACCUGGACUCAGCUCAGACUUGCUGUGUG